AUGAAUUUUAUCACUUUAAGAUUCAAUAAUUCAGAAUUUGAGCAUCGAUAUUCCUCAUAAAGAAAGAGUCUUUAAAAAUAAAGCUAAACUGUUUACAGGCUUUUUCUCAUAAUUUUGAUAUCGUUAGAAAUCCUUGGGAAUAUUGUAUAAAAAUUAUGGUUUGAAACUAUUUUAAAUUUGUUCGCCCUUUUGAUUAUGUUGCUUGGCUAUAUUUUUAAGUAAUAAUUGGCCUCCUUAAAUAAUACUUUAACAUUAAUAGCCAUUUUAAUUUAUAAUAUUCAACAUCCAAUUAAAUAUGGAUUCUUAAAACAAUCCAGUGACAAGGAAAUACUACAAGGCUAUUUCAUUUGUUUAGGAACUCUAGGUAUAAUCUCCCAAUGGAGUUAUUUAAUUAAAACCUUUAUUACAAUCGUUGUACUCAUUCUGAAUAUCACGAGUAUUUGCUAAGAUUCUGACCAUUGGAGACAAGUCUUAAUAUUUACUUUUUCUAGCAUAAUAGCAAUAUACAGCUUUUACACUAAUGAAUAGUAAACUAGAAUUUCCUUUAUUAUAAUGAACAAUAAAGACAUUAUUGAAGAAAACCUUUAUAAAUAGAUUGAAAUUUAAUCAUAUAUUGUCCAUUUCAAUCUGAGGCAAAAUCAAUUUGAUUUAAUCAGAUAGAAUAGAGUCUCCUAAAUAACUGAAAAUAAACAACAAAAUUUCAUUAAUUUAAUUCGGAGUAUGAAAGUGAUUUUAUUCAGCUAACGGAGAAGAAAGUCUAUCAUACAAUCUUCGUAAAUGCUUAAUCCAACUAAUAAGCUUAAUUUAGAAUAGUUCCUAUUUUAUUUGUUUAUGAAUCAUGAGAAGAUGCAAGAAAUAACAAAGAAUUGUACUGUAGAUAAUUAAACUUAUGAGUUGAUAGGAUUAAUUGGAUUAGAUGUACAUCAUAUUAAAAUAAUUCGCACUGAAGAUACUAAGCCAUGUUUAAUAAUUUUAAUCAAAGAAAAUAGAAAAGAAUCAUAAAACAAAUCCUUAAAGUAUAAAUUGAAAAUAUCCAAUAAAUUGUUGAAUUAGGUUCAAGAAAGCAUUUAAUCUAGAAUCAGGGUAUGCUUAAUUUACCUCAAAUAAAUUUUAUCAUCAGAGAUGUUGAAGAAUGCAUAAUUAAUGUCUGAUAAUAAAAAAAUUAUAUUAUUUUUGAAUAGUUAAAUUACAAAAACCUACACUGACAUUAAUAAUAUUUAAGAUUUUGCAAACUUGAAUUCUAAAUUCACCAAAGUUGUUCUAAAUCACUUCGAUUUAUCCAAUUGUAUUUAAGAAUGUAUAUCAAUCUUCAAUGUGCUUUUCCCUAAAACUCAUGAAAAAAAAAUCAAAUUUAUUUCUCAUUUGACGGACAAUCGAAUAUAUACUGAUUAAAAGAAACUUAAGCAGUUACUUUUUAAUUGCUUGUUCUUCAUUUUCUAAAGUACAGAACAUAUUACAAUUGAACUAAAGGAUGAGGAAAGCAAAGAUGAUUUAAGUUAAAAAUUCAUAAAAUUUGACAUUAUUUACUCUGGAUCAAUUUUUACUGCUGAAAAGAUAAGCAAAUUACCUAUUUUAAAUCCCUAAAGCUUAGAAGAAUUGCGACACAAUAGUUAUUAGUAAUUAAAUUUAGAAAUUCCUAUUGCUUUAAUGAUAAUCAGACAAAUUGGACCUUAUAAGUAGAUGUAAUUUAAAUAGAAUGCUGUUUAGAAAUAAAAUAUGCUCUCAUUUUAUGUAUUUAAAUCUCUUGAAGAUUUUCAUUUGAUUCCAAUAAUAUCAUUGCAUCCUUCAGAUAAUUUGAUAACAAAUUAAAAACUUUUUAAGAAGUCCUCAUAUGUUAAUAGAAUAGAAAAAUAAAAAUAUUAUCCAACUGAAGAACCUCAUUUAGAAACAUUUCGUUAAAUAAGCGAGUAAAUGAUCUCAAAAUUUUGA